CGAUGACAUCAGCUGUGUCAUGUGAUCAGCUGUCCAAUUGCAGCUGAUCACUGAUCAUCAGGGCACUGAUGAUCAGUGUAGCCCCAUCAGUGCCACCUGCCAGUGCCCAUCAAUGCCACCUGCCAGUGCCCAUCAGGGCCACAUCAAUGCCACAUAUCAGUGCCUACCAGUGCACAUCAAUGUCACAUAUCAGUGCCCAUGUGAGCUGCCUUUCAGUGCCGCCUAUCAGUGCUGCCUAUCAGUGCCAGUCAGUGCCAGUCAAUGCUGCCUAUCAGUGCCGCCUAACAGUGCAAGUCAGUGCCACCUAACAGUG